AUGGGGGACUAUCUGGAUCAAGCGCGGGCUCGGCCGGAGGCGGUGGCGCCGCCGACGGCGAAGGCUGAUGAAGCCAGUUCUUCUUAUCGUUCUGAAGAAAUUUCCGUCAAGAUCGAGGAAGAUGCCCCUGUGGAUAGUAGCGGCAGAGCCGGUGCCCCGGAUCCGCUCCCUAAUUGCGACGGCAGCGUCAACUCUUCCGGGAGCCACAGAGCGGUUUUUCCUAGAGUAAGUACUUUACCGCCGGAAAUUCUGAACUCUGGGAAGUUAGAGCCGCCUGCGGGCCUGGAAAGAUCAAGGACUGAGAGGCAAAGGCGUAAUAAUAUCCUUGCUGAAGAGGCUGCGCAAAUUUUUGAUGACCGAAUCUCUAUGCAGCAGAAGCUCAAAUUGUUGAACAGAAUUGCUACCGUUAAAGAUGAUGGCACUGUAGAAUUCGAAGUUCCAUUAGAUGUUGAACCUCCCGUUAUUGGCGUUGGAACGGAAAAUGUACGUAAUGUGGUUGAUGAAGAGCCUCUUGAUGCUACAGAGCUGCAGGAUAUUCCUCCAUUGCAGAUUGUAAUGCUUAUUGUUGGAACUCGUGGAGAUGUGCAGCCAUUUGUUGCAAUUGGAAAGCGACUGCAGGAUUAUGGACAUCGUGUAAGAUUGGCUACCCAUUCCAAUUUUAAAGAGUUUGUCUUGACAUCUGGAUUGGAAUUCUAUCCCCUCGGAGGGGAUCCAAAAGUCCUUGCAGGAUAUAUGGUUAAAAACAAGGGGUUCUUGCCUUCUGGGCCCUCGGAAAUACCUAUACAAAGAAACCAAAUAAAAGAAAUUAUAUAUUCAUUGCUUCCAGCAUGCAAAGAGCCUGACAUUGACUCUGGAAUUCCUUUCAAGGCAGAUGCAAUUAUUGCUAAUCCUCCAGCAUAUGGGCAUACACAUGUUGCUGAGGCGUUGAAAGUACCCAUUCAUAUAUUUUUUACAAUGCCAUGGACGCCUACAAGUGAAUUUCCCCACCCGUUGUCUCGUGUUAAGCAAUCAGCUGGAUAUAGAUUAUCGUAUCAGAUUGUUGACUCCUUGAUUUGGCUAGGAAUAAGAGACAUGAUAAAUGAUCUUAGGAAAAAAAAGCUGAAGCUGCGGCCAGUCACAUAUUUGAGUGGUUCUCAAGGGUCUGAGUCCGAUAUUCCACAUGGAUAUAUUUGGAGUCCUCACCUUGUUCCAAAACCCAAAGAUUGGGGACCCAAGGUUGACGUUGUUGGAUUUUGCUUCCUUGAUCUUGCGUCAAAUUAUGAACCACCUGAGUCACUUGUAAACUGGCUUAAAGUUGGUCCGAAGCCUAUUUAUAUAGGGUUUGGCAGUCUUCCUGUUCAAGAGCCUGAGAAAAUGACGCAAAUAAUUGUUGAAGCUUUACAAAUAACUAAACAAAGGGGAAUUAUUAACAAAGGCUGGGGUGGCCUUGGUAACUUGGCAGAAGAAAAGGAUUUUGUAUACCUGCUAGAUAACUGUCCCCAUGACUGGCUUUUUUUGCAGUGUGCUGCUGUGGUGCACCAUGGCGGUGCUGGAACAACAGCUGCCGGUCUUAAAGCUGCGUGCCCGACAACUAUAGUCCCCUUUUUUGGUGACCAACCUUUCUGGGGAGAAAGAGUACAUGCCAGAGGUGUAGGCCCUCCACCUAUUCCGGUGGACGAUUUUUCUCUUCAAAAGUUGGUCAAUGCAAUUAGAGUUAUGCUAGACCCCGAGGUGAAGGAGCGUGUGGUACAACUUGCAAAGGCGAUGGAGAAUGAAGAUGGGGUUACAGGAGCAGUGAAUGCAUUCUUUAAACAUCUCCCUCGUAAAAAGGUAGAGCCUGAUUUUGAACCUACGACGUCUCACUUCUUCUCCAUUCGGAGAUGCUUUGGCUGUUCCUAG